CAAUAAAAACAACGAAGAAGAAAAAGAACAGGAUUCGGCGCGCGAAAGCUCUAGCAGGAAGUGAGAGGAGCUGGAGGCAUACGGCGGUCUGUUUGGUAUUUGAAUCUCUCAAACAACUUCCAUAAUCUUUAAACAUCUACUUUAAUAUGGCAGACCCCAAGGAUCAGGAAGACCACGAGCCCACUGCAGACAAUACAGAGGACUCCAAUCACGACCCACAAUUUGAGCCCAUCGUGUCUCUCCCAGAGCAGGAUGUUAAAACAUUAGAAGAAGACGAAGAGGAGCUCUUUAAAAUGCGAGCUAAACUAUAUCGCUUUGCCUCUGAGAACGAUCCACCCGAAUGGAAGGAGAGAGGAACUGGUGAUGUCAAGCUGCUGAAACACAAAGAGAAGGGUACAAUUCGUCUCUUGAUGAGGAGAGACCGAACCCUGAAGAUUUGUGCCAAUCAUCAUAUUUUUCCCGUGAUGGAGUUGAAGCCAAACGCUGGCAGUGACAGAGCAUGGGUCUGGAACACAUUAGCAGAUUACGCUGAUGAGUCCCCCAAACAGGAACUCCUGGCAAUACGCUUUUUAAAUGCAGAAAACGCUCAGAAGUUCAAGGUGAAGUUUGAUGAAUGCAAGGAGGAAGUGAGAAAAGUUCUAGAGAAAUCAGGGGAAGACCUCGACAAUGAGAACCAGGUGGUUGAGAAGCUGGGGGGGUUAUCCGUUAAAGACAAGGUGUCUGCAGAAAAGGAGGACAAAAAGGAAAGUGAGAAGAAAAAAGAUGAGAAAAAGGAGCUGAAAGCUGAGGAGAAGAAUUAGAAACCCAAGAACUUGCUUUGCUGAUCUUCAGUUUAUCAUGUUUCUCCCUUUUUCUACAAUAGACUCUAAAUGAACAGAAUUUGGACACUUGCAUUUUUUUUUAAAAUCUGUUUUGCCUCAAGAUCACAGGUCUUUGAUGCCGUGUGGGAAAAUCAGUGAUUUUGUGAAAGAAAAAAGCUCCUCCCACGCUUUUCCCUCUGCACAAUGGAAAAUCAUGCCUACCAUCACUUUGUCACCAAGCGUUCGAUAUUACUGACAAACUGAAGGGGCUUGUGAAAGAGAUCAUUCCCACUUUUUGUUUUUCAUUAUUCUGAAGCAAAGUUCAUUUGUGAGGAGAGAGGAUAAUGUAGCCUGCUUAUUAGCAGUACAGGGUCUGGGACCAGGCAUUAUGGAGGAUGAAACCCCAUGAUGCAUCUCAGCGGGCCUUCACACCCUGUUCACACUUCUGCUGCUGUUAGAUCACAAGUAAGAUGAAGACUUCUUGGUUGCUUUGUAGAGGUAGUUCUUUCUCAGCUCCUCUUUACUCGGAUCUGUUGGUAGCGGACUUCAAGAGGAGUCCUCCAGACAGAUUUCAGAUGGCCACGUUCACCCAUCCCUGACUGAGGUCAGAUGCACUUAGCUAAGAACUUCAUAUUCCCUUUUGUUUCAGACUUUUCAGAUCCAUUAAGCCCAAAGUAAACCGUUUCAGUUUGGUGUGGAACUUUUGCAUCUCACCAAGACAUCAGUUUGUUAUUUACCAUAACAUCUCCAGACUUUAGAAGCAUGUGUGUAAUGGAGUGCACCCCCAUCUAAUCUGUUCACAACUCCUUUUCGUUCCACUAAUUAAUUUCUUAACCUCCAAUCUCAAGUGCAUCUAAGUGCCAGUGCAUUCUGUAAAUACAUGUAUGUGGAUGAAAUGUUACUCUUCAUUUGCACUCGGAUGAUCUGAAAUGUUUCCUCUAACUUCAAAUAAAGCCUAUCAAAGACCACA